UUAUCAGUCUCCAGCAGCCCCUCUCUUGGCUCCUUGACAUGAGCACCAUAUAAGGCGCAGCGAUCUCCAUAGAAACGUGUCAGUUUCAAUAGUAGUGUCAAAGUUCACUAUAUACAGACAUUCGCGCAGAUCCCCCGUUUCGGAAACAUUGCUCUGCUGGUCCUCCCGUUUAAGCGCAUUCAUUUUUUGGGUCUCUCCUUCUUCUUGCAUAUUCUAUCAGUUGUUGGUGUUUUUCCUCUUCUUUUUUUAUCUUUUCUCUUCGUAUCUCCAUUCCUCCUGCUGGAGAGAGGUGAAACUAUACAUGGGCACUUCAUUCGGCGAAACGGUUUUCUUUCGCUGCCUGGCGAGAUGAUGAGGUUUAUUUAAGAAUAUAGAUGUAAAAAUCCAGCUCUUCAGUUUUUCCUCCCCUCCUAUACGACGAAGACGGGAGUGUAAAGGAGCACGGGGAAGAAAAGAAAAAGGAAUUUAUCUCCGCAGCACUUUGGAUCGCGUGUCUUUCCAGCAAAAAGCUUCUUUUUUUUCUCCACUCGUUCCUGCGUCCAUGUGAAUCGCUCCUGCCUUCCCUUUGUGGCUAUUUUAUAUCAAACUGCAAUUUGUUACGUCUGGACUCGGGUUUUCCUACAAGAUUAGGGAUUCCUGAAUGGCUGACUGCAAUUUACCUUGGAACUGGCCUCCCGAUACUUGCAUAUCCUGAUCGGGUGCCUAUUCAAUCGCACUCCUGAAUUUUGAAUGUAUUGAUCGCGUUGUACUCUCCUUCUCACCCCAUAUGAGAUUGCGUGCUCCGAUUUGACUUUGCACUGCCCCGUCUUUUGAGAUCUCAUUUUUCUCCUCUACGCUUCAUAAACAUCGGCGAUCAUUUCGCUUUAUAGCACUUUCCGGGGCCGAGAUAUGGCAAUGGUAGUUAGCGUCUGGCGAGAUCCGCAGGAAGACGUGGCCGGACCUCCGAGCGGCCCCAACCCAGCAGCGCAGCCGGCGAGGGAGCAGCAGCAGGCGGCGUCGGCGGCGCCGCACACUCCGCAGACCCCCAGCCAGCCGGGACCCCCGUCCACGCCGGGAACGGCCGGGGACAAGGGGAGUCAAAAUUCUGGACAGAGUCAGCAGCAUAUUGAAUGUGUGGUUUGCGGAGACAAAUCGAGCGGCAAACACUACGGCCAGUUCACCUGCGAGGGAUGCAAAAGUUUCUUCAAGAGGAGUGUACGGAGGAACUUAACAUACUCAUGUCGUGCCAAUAGGAACUGUCCCAUUGACCAGCACCACCGAAAUCAGUGCCAAUACUGUCGGCUGAAGAAGUGUUUAAAAGUGGGCAUGCGGCGGGAAGCGGUUCAGCGAGGACGAAUGCCUCCAACCCAGCCGAACCCAGGCCAGUACGCACUGACGAACGGGGACCCUCUGAAUGGCCAUUGCUAUCUGUCCGGAUACAUCUCGUUAUUGCUGCGGGCCGAGCCUUACCCGACGUCCCGGUACGGGAGCCAGUGCAUGCAGCCCAACAAUAUCAUGGGCAUCGAGAACAUCUGCGAGCUGGCGGCUCGAUUGCUCUUCAGCGCCGUGGAGUGGGCGAGAAACAUCCCUUUCUUUCCCGACCUGCAGAUCACCGACCAGGUGUCCCUUCUCAGGCUGACGUGGAGCGAGUUGUUUGUGCUUAACGCGGCCCAGUGUUCCAUGCCUCUGCAUGUUGCCCCUCUGCUCGCCGCGGCGGGCCUCCACGCCUCCCCGAUGUCCGCGGACCGCGUCGUGGCUUUCAUGGAUCACAUCCGGAUCUUCCAGGAGCAAGUGGAGAAGCUUAAGACCCUGCACGUAGACUCGGCAGAGUAUAGCUGCCUCAAAGCCAUCGUGCUUUUUACAUCAGACGCUUGCGGCCUGUCGGACGCUGCUCACAUCGAGAGUCUACAGGAGAAAUCCCAGUGCGCCCUGGAGGAGUACGUGAGGAGCCAAUACCCGAACCAACCCAGCCGCUUUGGGAAGCUGCUGCUGCGGCUGCCCUCUCUGCGCACCGUCUCCUCUUCGGUAAUCGAGCAGCUGUUCUUCGUGCGUUUGGUAGGUAAAACUCCUAUUGAAACCCUCAUCAGGGAUAUGCUAUUAUCCGGGAGCAGCUUCAACUGGCCUUACAUGUCCAUCCAAUGAUCCUUAUAUGAAAGUGGAAAAAAAGAGAGGAAAAAAGGACCAAAAUUCAGCACCCCUCACCCCAUCCUCCUUCAAGAAGACUAUAUAUAGGACCUUUUCUGAGAAACUUGGAAGACAUUACUUUUUUUCUGUCUUCUGGGACUGUGAUGGAAUACAUUAUGUACAGAAAAAUAUUGGAACUGGACUUUACACCUGUGUAAAUCCACUCUCAUCUUCAAGAACAAAACUCUUCAUUUUGUAAAAUACUAGUCUUUAUUUUACUUUUUUGUAAAAAAUACAAAUAAAAUGAAAAACAUCAUAUGCGCAGUAAGAAAAAAGAAUCAAGACUUAGCGGGAAAAUAAUGUUUCCAAGCAAUUAUAAGAAUUGUCCUGUGUCUAUGUACCUCUCUGUUUUGUAUUAUUUCUGGUUCUAAACCAGGGUUUCUGUGAUUCUAUACUAAUAAUUUUUUGAUAUAACCUUUUUGCUUCUUAUAAUGAGUGCGAUAUAUGUUGUCGAAGCUAUGUUCUCCAAGAAUUAAAAUUGAAGUGAGAAUUUAAAAACAGAAAAAUAAAGAAAUUUAGACAAAUAAGAAACAGUCUAAUCGCUAUGACAAUAUCACCACUGAUGGUUGAACUUUUUCCCAAUUGAUACGAUGGACCUGCAACAGCAGCAAACUGACCUCCAGGACAUUUUUACUGACAUUUUUACUCCAGGACGUCUGGGGCGCCUUUACCCGGACCAUAAGUGCGUGUGGAGUCGAUCAUCAGUCACAGAGGAGAGACAUGAAAAUCAAAAGCACUUUUAAUAUAUCAUUUCAAAUACAUUUUGUUUGUUUCGUCUUGAAAAUUUUCAUUGUUUCUUGAAUUUUAUUGGUUGUUGCCUUCAAUUUGCUUACUCCAUGAUGCAGCUUUUUGCAGAAGGGUCGGUUGAUGAAGUUGUGUGAUGGUGACUGUACUAUUAAAAAAGAAAUAGGCAACGAUGUCUCCUUCUCAAGCGUUUUCCUACAAGCAAAUGUCAAGAUGCUGUGGGUUAUUUUAUGCCAUCUGAGGGAAUAUGUUAUCUCUGUGCGCUCCUAGAUUCUAUAAGAGAAAAAAAAAACCCGCAAGAAAUCCCUUCAUUUACUGAGUCAGAAACACAAAAUACUUUUCUUUUACUCUAUUUCGCCUGACAGUGAAAACGAGAUGAUGCACGAAUUUAGUGUGGUAAUUACACAAAAGGACGCAUGCCUUACAUUUUUAACAGACCCCACUGACAUAACUGGCAGUGCGGAUGCAACGGAAGGGAGACUAAACGUGAGGAACUACAGCCGUGAGCUCUCUGCUAGCCUGUGAGCGCAUUAAUGUUUAAUAUUUUUCCCAGACAGCAAGGGAAGCCUGCGCACCACACAGAGCCACCUCUGUCCUUCCUCCCGUGGCUUAAUCAAGGUGAUUCUCCACAAACCAAACAAUAUUCCCCCUCUACCCCGUUCUUAAAAACCCUGCCUUGAUAGUGCUUGCCUCAAUAUUGAUGUGGGCGUCAUUUGGCAAAAGGGUUAGGCCCCGCUGCAAAGCUGCUGUGAUAUGCGUGAUCAAUCUGGAAAAUGUAUUUUACAGCAUGUAAGCCAGUCGAUAGGAACACCGAGUGUGAUGCAUUGUAUGGGAAUAGAGAGGAGAAAGGAGGGAGGGAGGAAGAGAAAGAAAGAGAGAGGGGGGGUAGAGAGACUAUUGGAGCCAGUGCUUAGACAAAUGAGAGAAGAAACGCGUCAGGAGGAAGUCAAGUGUAUAUCUGUGUGUGUGCGAGCGCGCACGCGUGCGUCCGUGAGCAAAACUAGAAAGACGCAAAGAGAUGUAGCCUUGGUUUGCCUUAUGCACUCAGGGUGUAAUGAGUCCAUCGAUAAGUCUUCAAUGUGUUAGAUGGGCUACCUACAGUUGGUGUCCUUGCAUUGGCCUGUUUCUCACAAGCGUUCUCUCUCGCUUUUUUGUCUCCAUAUCCUCCCCAAAUGACAAAGGAAGCCCGGUUAUUUACCUGGCUCUACCCACACUGGCAAUACCGCAUUACACUAACACCCAGAGUGAUAAAACGUGAUAAGUUGGAAGGCGUUAUGAGGGAGAAAAUGGGGUUUUGGUGUGACAAUUAUUAAAUUUGCCUGUUAUCCCCACCAGCCCACCAUCACCACCACCCUUCAUCAUCAGACGUGUUGCUCGUCUGCCAUAUUGCCCACAUCUUCAUCUGCUGACUGGCAGUGAUGAGGGGCAGUAGAACAGGAGCUGAACUGCAUGUAGCACGUUAAAAUGCCUGGAUUUGAUAUUGCCAUAUGUUAUCUACCUUAUAGGACUGGGGGGGAGGGGUGCUCGUGUCAGUGGUUUAUUUGGUUUUUCUUGCUUGCUUCGCUCAAAGGCUUCAGUAUUAGAGUAUUCAUUAGUUGUUGCCAAUGUAGGAAUUCUAGGAAGGUUUUCAUUUAGGAUUUAUCCGCUGUUCUCCAGCAGAAAAUAUAUUUUGUUUGUAUUAUGGCUCAUGUCUGUUUCUCGAACUCGACCUGUCACUGGGCCAUGCGCUGUGUUGUUACCUGAAACACUGUACAGAGAUAAAUGAUCUUCAGUUUG